AAUCAAACUUCUGUAUUGACGAGAGAAGUUAUCUUGCGCUGCGCUAUCUAUUGCAAUGUGUUCCGAAUGAUUGACGGUUCCGUGUAAUGUAUGAGCCUGUCCGAAAACCGUACUGCUUCAGACGCAAGCGUUUUUAUUCAGCUAGUUAGCUUAUUGACGAUAAUGAGCAUGCAGGCAGCAGGAUUUAAAACUCUGGCUCACGGAUUGCACACCAAGUGCAGGAAUGCAAUCUAUCCGGGAACACAGGUGAUGCGACUUGCCGUAUCAGAUAACAGGGUCCCUUGGAGUGCAGCGUGGCCAGAAUAUAACCCCCCUUCUUUGAGCCUUCACAAAUCACAGCCCUGGGCUGAUAUGGAUAUCGGUGCUAAAGACUUUUCUCCGCGAUGGAAUGCACUCGACGGCAAAGUGGACCGCAGCAGUCACGAAGGCCCGUACGAGGUCAGAGGUGGGGUCCCUCUGAACCCACACGGGAGGACAGGGCUGGCGGGACGAGGACGGCUCGGUCGAUGGGGACCAAAUCAUGCAGCAGACCCCAUCGUCACAAGGUGGAAGAGAGACGUACACGGAAACGUCGUCCACCAUGAUAUCACUCAGCUUCCUGUCCUGCAAUUUGUUGCUGUUGCACGCAAAGAUUGUGGGGAAUGGGCUAUCCCAGGGGGUAUGGUGGAUCCUGGCGAGUUGGCAUCUUCUACUCUCAGGAGAGAGUUUUGUGAAGAGUCCCUCAACAGCCUCUCUUUGACAGCCCAACAGAGACAGGAGCUGGAGCAGAGUCUCACUCAAUUCUUCACCAAUGGCACGCAGGUAUACAAAGGUUACGUUGAUGAUCCGCGCAACACCGACAAUUCCUGGAUGGAGACGAUAGCCUGCAACUUCCACGAUGAAGACGUGACGAGCCGACUCGCCCUUCAGGCCGGUGACGAUGCGGCCCGAGUCCGGUGGACCGACAUCGAGGCCUGCCUUCCACUUUACGCCUCCCACACUGAACUCGUGCACAGGGUCGUGCAGAUUCACGCGGCACACUGGUGACAACGGCCAAUGACCUCCUUGCCACUAACGGACCUUACUAAAUAAAUAAAGCCAAAGCAAAGGG